GCCGCCGGAGACAUGCAGAGGCAGCAGCUUUUCGCCUGUUUUCACCCUGUUUUAUGAUACUGAGCCGCGGUGGAGCUGCCGUUCAUUCCUGUGAUGGGGAGAAUCACAUGGAGCUGUGGAGCCGUGAUCCUGCUGGCCAUCGUUUGCUCAUGUCGCGCCGUCACUCUGGAGUCCAUCCACUGGAGUAGCUCCAACGCAAAAUUUAGUCCAGGUCAGGGUCUGGUCCUGUAUCCUCAGAUUGGGGACAAGAUGGACAUUGUGUGUCCCAGGGCAGAUGCUUCCUCGGGAGGGAAGGAGGAGUUCUACAGAGUCUACCUGGUCUCCCGAAGUCAGAUGGAGAGCUGCACCAUCGACAAGACGGACACACCGCUGCUGAACUGUGACAAACCUCACCGGGAUGUAAAGUUCACGUUCAAGUUCCAGGAGUACAGCCCCAACCUGUGGGGUCUGGAGUUCCUCAAGGGGAGGGACUAUUAUAUCACCUCCACUUCUGCAGGCUCUCUGCAAGGUCUGGAUAAUACUAAUGGAGGGGUGUGCAGGAGCAAAUCCAUGAAGCUGGUGCUGAGAGUCGGCCAGAGCUCCUCAGAUCCACCUUCAACACUCCAGGAGUCUCCAACCCGAUUCCCACCCACACGCCCAAAGUCCAAGGCCAAGGACCCCCCGAGGACAGAAGGGGAUAUAAAAAAUGAAACUGACACAGGCUCAGAAACAGGACAAACAAACCCCAGUGGCAGCGGUGGCUCUGAGCCAGGACUGUUCAUGUGGGUUGUCUCCGGCUGUGUGAUCCUCCUGCUGGUCAUCGUGAUUCUGCUGGCCGUGCUGUGGAGGUACCAUCGCCGUCGCUGUGUCCCAGAUAACCAGCAGUCUGCCUCCGUGUCCCUCAACACUUUGGCUGUGCCGAAGCGGGACAGCAUCAGCAGCGAGAACAACGGCUCGGACCUCAGCGAUGUUGUGCUUCCUCUGCGGGCGUCUGACAGCAUGAUCUGCCGUCAUUAUGAGCGUGUGAGCAGAGACUACGGGCCCCCAGUGUACAUAGUUCAGGAGAUAACACCCCAGAGUCCCACCAACAUCUACUACAAAGUCUAAUGAUUGCUCUGUCGGGGACACACUACUACAAUCAAUGACCAUUUUUCUUGAUAUAUUGAAGAGACCAUCUGAGAGGAAGCUGAUGUGUCAAAACGCACCAGCAAUUGUGUUCAAUUCGUGUGGAUGCAAGCAGCAAAUACCUGUGGUGGAUUGUAAAUAAGUACAUUUGCUCAAGUACUGUACUUAAGUACAAUUUUGAAGUAUCCGUACUUUACUUAAGUAUUUCCAUUUCAUGGCACCUUAUACUCCUGCUGCAUUUACACACAAAACCUAUGAAGAACUUUAGGGAUAUGAUGCAUUGUAAGAAACUGAACUACACGACAGUAAAUACAAUUUGUGGGUAUUUAGUUAGUUGAUUAGUAAAAUAUCCCCCCCAAAAAAGAUCAGAGACUGUUCUGAUAACUUAUUCACUGUUCAAGUUAUUUUUCAUGCAGAAAGAAGCUGAAACGCUUCAAGGUUUGUGACAAUUUGCUGCUUUUCCUCUUUGGCAGACUGAAUCAUUUUGAGGGUUCUUAUUCUCAUCCUUCAUUUGGAUCGCUGUUAGUUAGGUUAGCUGUUAAGAUGAGGGGCUGCCACGGCGAUAGCAGCUCCUCAUCUUUGGCUGCACACACGACAGAAAAACAGAAUAUAUAGAUCAAGACCUUAAGUGCAACACAUGUAAAAACAAGUGACGCGUGCUUUGAAUUGCCUGAAGUUAGACAUAACAACACGAAUAUGUCUUCGGUUUCCAGCAGGAUCUGAUUGAGGUUUGAACUGUUUGUUGGACCAAAUAUUUGAAGCCGUCAUUAAAGCUCUGCUUGAUUUUGAUGCAUUUCUCACUAUUUUCUUCCAUUUUACAAACCAAACAAACGGAUUGAUCAGGAAAAUAAUCAGCAGAUUAAUCCACAAUAAUCAGAACAGCGUUACACUAUUUUUUCUCUACAUUGAAAUCCUUUACUUUGCAUUUUCCUGCUACAUAUACCCACAUACAUUUAUUUUGAUGGCAGGACUUUUACUUGUAAUGGAGUAUUUUAAAGUAUUGUAUUGGUACUUUUACUUAAGUAAAGUAUCUAAAUACUUCUACCACCACGGGAGAAUGCCAAUUUUUUAAAAUGGUUUUAUGUUUCAAAUAGGAGAAAUCCUCACUGCCACUGUGGCAGCUUCAUUUGUACAGUAAAUGUUAAUUAAAUUUAAUUUAUUGAUAAAUCUGAGAAAAGAUUGAUG